CCAGAUUAACUUCUAUAUGCCGCUAGGGUGACGUUCCGAAUGAAUCAUUACUCCAAAAUCUAUUCAUCAACUGCAGGUCCUGAGGAAUCCGGAAUACACUGGGUAUACUUUGCUAUCGCACGCACUCCAAAUUCUGAUUGCACGGAUACAUUUAUUUUAGCGUUCACAUCAAUGUGACGCACAUACUACUGUGUUGCUCUCACGGGAGCUGCUCCAACUGAUGGCACUCAAUACGUAUUAAAGGAUAACUGGGAAUUCUCAGGACAUACAAUUCAGACCCUCUCAAGCAUCUAUGUCACAAGAAUCUGCUAGCCGAUCUCCCUCUCGCGCUCCUUCUCCUUCUCCUGCACUGCAGCCAAAGCAGGAACGUGGCCAUACCCGCAGCCGUUCCAUCGACGAAUCAGACAACAACUACGACGCUGGUACUUCAUAUCGUCGUAACCGACGUCAAGGCGGCGGGGGACUUCCCCUUGGUGGAGAGGACCCUGCGCGUGCCGUCUCAGGUACUGUCAACCAACUUGGCCAAACCGCGAGGGGGGUAGCAAACGUCGGCGGAGGUGGGAGCCGAAGUGGGGGCCAAAAGGACACACUAAAGCUUAGACUGGACCUUAACCUCGACGUUGAAAUCACGAUCAAGGCGAGGGUGCAUGGCGACGUUACUCUAUCUCUUCUUAACUAAAUACGUUAUUAUUCGACUGGUUCACUCAUCCGCCGUCGAAGUUGAAAGGAGGGAUAUCGCUGAUACACGUGUACGACU